AUGGCGCAGUUGGGCAGCUGUGCUAUUGAUGAUGAACUUGAAUUUAGAGAAGAACAGAAAUCAGUGACAAAUAUCAAUGCAAGUCUGCAUAAUCGACUUUCAGCAAAAAAUUACAACAAAACCCUCCUAGAUCUUCAAAGUGAUACUAUUAAGAAGAAACUACUUCAAAUUGGUCAAAUCCCAAAAUUGAGCAACAUCAAUGAUGUUAGCGACUUUUCUUUUCUAGUAACUGGGGGCUAUCGUCCUGAGAAAAAUCCUCUCGUCAAAUUUAUUGUGUCCCUGCGCAAAAUCAAAGAAAAAAAGUUCUUUGGCGACAAUCACUUCUGCGGUGGUUCUAUAAUAUCCAAGAAGGUAAUUUUAACCGCAGCGUAUUGUUUGGUUUUCAAAUGGAAAUCCACAACUGGGAAUAUUAAGAUAAUUGCUGGUACGCCGCGACGAUUGGUAAAGACCGAAAAUACUCAGGAAUUGAUGGUGGAUAAAAUAAUACCUCAUCCAAAGUAUAACGGAAUCACUUUCCUUAAUGACAUUGGAAUCAUUAAGCUUAAGGAUGAGAUACGUCUGAGUGAAGAUUUUGCCAAUAUUAUUCCAAUUAAUGAUCGGGAUCCAACUGGACUAAAAUGCACACUCGUCGGAUGGGGUAGAGUCGUAAGUAACGGACCUUUAUCCGAUGAGGUGGUCAGCGGUGAUGUUGUUGUUGAUUCGCACGCUGAUUGCUCCAAAUCCGCCUAUUUUAUAAAAGGCACUUUAUGCGCGCCUAAUCCAAAUAAUUAUGAAGUUGCAAGCUGCUCAGGUGACUCAGGUGGACCCUUGAUAUGCGAUAACAAAUUGGUGGGCAUUGUUUCCUUUCGUAUUCAUGCCUGUGGUAGUCCGAAAUCGUUGAGUUUCCUUACCGAUGUCUAUUAUCAUCGCGAUUGGAUAUCCCGAAAUGCGGCGUGCUACAGAAUAAUACAAUUUCCGUGCUGUUUAAUUAUGACUGCGAUACUUAUAGGUAUUGUGAAAAUAUACAUAUGAAAGGAACAAAUAAUGAGACAAUAGGUGAUAAGCUUGAAUUUUAUUUAUGUAAGAAACCUAAUAUAUAAUCUUAUUAUUUUCUUCUUUUGGCCUGACUAAACUUUCUGUUCAGACAA